AUGGCCGCGCCGCAAGGGACCCACGCGGGGGACGUGCCCAAGGCGGUGGUGAAGAAUGUCGAUAUGGACGCAGACAUGCAGCAGGCGGUCGUCGAGAUCGCCGCGGACGCGAUCGUCAAGUUUGCACUCGAAAAGGACAUGGCUGCGUUUGUCAAGCGCACGGUCGACGACCAGUACGGGCCGACCUGGCACGUCAUUGUCGGCCGCAGCUUUGGCAGCUACGUGACGCACGGUACGUCGCAUGGCUAA